UUCCGGGUGGAGCCCAGCGUACUUCCGUUUGUCAUUCAGUUAGACCAUAGUGAAGCAAUCUGCUUCUUCUCAGCUCUUCUUACAUAGGUGCUGAAUUUUGUGACCAGGUGUCAUGACACUGUUUCACUUUGGAAACUGCUUCGCUCUGGCGUAUUUCCCUUACUUUAUAACAUACAAGUGCAGUGGCCUUUCAGAGUACAAUGCCUUCUGGAGAUGUGUCCAGGCGGGUGCAACCUACCUGUUUGUCCAACUCUGUAAGAUGCUGUUCUUAGCUACAUUUUUCCCCACAUGGGAAGGAGGAGCUGGAGUUUAUGACUUUGUAGGGGAAUUUAUGAAGGCAACAGUGGACCUGGCAGACCUGUUGGGCCUCCAUCUUGUCAUGUCUCGUAAUGCUGGUAAAGGAGAAUACAAGAUCAUGGUGGCUGCCAUGGGCUGGGCAACAGCAGAACUUGUCAUGUCCAGGUGUCUUCCUCUGUGGGUGGGAGCCAGAGGGAUUGAGUUUGACUGGAAGUACAUCCAGAUGAGCUUUGACUCUAACAUCAGUUUGGUCCAUUAUAUUGCCAUGGCUGCAGUGGUGUGGAUGUUUACACGAUAUGACCUUCCAAAGAGCUUCAGGCUGCCUGUGACUGUGCUGCUGGCUCUUUGUGUCUACAAGGCCUUCUUAAUGGAGCUCUUUGUCCAUGUCUUCCUCUUGGGCAGUUGGACAGUGUUGCUGGUCAAAGCCGUGCUGACUGGCGCCAUCUCUCUCUGCUCGCUGUUUCUCUUCGUCACUCUGGUCCACAGCAACUAAUUAAACCUCAGCACCCUGGGAUAAGCCUUCAACAGUGCUUUUGGUCCAGGGUGGACCGGGGUUGUCAUAAAUCAGAGGCUGACCCCCGACAUCAUAUCAGUCUUAGUAUCACCAUACAGCACCGAAGACUGCUGAAAAAUGUUUGUUGAUGUUAAGUAGUUGGACUAGUCCUAUGUACAAGAAACAGGCUGAUGUACAAGCCACCAACUGGUGAGCUAACCAGUUCUUCCAGUUUGUUUUGAUCAACCUGUAUGGUCCGUUGAUGGCAAACACUCAUUCAGGGUGAAGUCUACCGGUUAAAACUGCUGGAUGAAUGGUGAUCAGGAGGCCUCUGUAAUAUGACUGGCUUACCUAAAGCUGUGUUGGUUUUGUGAAAAGGUGAACUUUCUAUCUGAAUGACCACAGAUGAAAUGAGACUUUAUAAAUAACACAUUUCUUUUCUACAUGUUGUACAAUGAGCCAGUGUAAAUGCUUAGAUUAGCUAGUGAAAUGUUCUGAGUGCAUUUAUAACAGAUGGAUGACCGUGAUAGUUCUUUCAUAGUUCAUUGUGUGGCCACAAAUUUAUCAAUUUAUUUAUAUACAAAUAAACAGGUAGUUAAAACAAGAUCUUUCUAAUUAUUGAAGAAAUUGAUAUAAAGAUGUAAAGUUUAACUCAAAACGUUUAAGCGCCUGCAGCGUGACUAAACUGAGGUUCACUCUGCAUUAUGACAUUAUAUGGAACUGUAAUCAUCUGUGAUUUCUACAUAAAGAAAAGUCUUUCUAUUGUCUUA